AAACGAGAAGGGUAGUUGGGGCAACGGAGAGAAAAUCAAAAGAAUGAUUCUCAGUUGAGCGACUGAAACGGAAUCGCCCUCAUCUAAUCCCUCUUUGCCUUCCUGCUCUUACCAGUAUCAUAUAAUUCGCUUGAAGACUGAUUGAUUUUAGUUCGAAAACCCUAAGAUAACUUUUUGUUGAAUUAGCCUCUGCAUAUUUCAAUGUCAGCAAAGAAAAUUAUAGCUAUUUGCCAGUCUGGAGGUGAAUUUCAGACUGAAAAAGAUGGUUCCAUGUCGUACAGUGGUGGGGAGGCAUAUGCUGUUGAUCUUGAUAUAGAUACACAAGUAAUUGAUUUCAAACAGGAUUUAGCAGAAACAUUUGGAUACAGUGUUGACAACAUGUUUAUCAAAUACUUUCUCCCUGGAAACAAAAAGACACUUAUCAUGAUAUCUAAAGACAAAGAUCUUAAGCGCAUGAUUAACUUCUUUGCUGACACUGAUCAAGUUGAUGUCUUUGUCAUGCCAAAUGAAAGUGGCAGGGUAGCCCCAAAUCUCUCCAACAUGCCUGCUACUGCUAGUAGAUCAAGCAGGACAACAGUAUCCGAAGCAGUUGUUCUUGCAUCUAGCCCUAUUCUCACAACAACAAGCAACACAGAUAACCACCCAAACACAAACACAAACACAAACACAACUGAAACCGAUUCCUUCAAUCUACCCAUCAUAGAAACUGCAAUCUCACCAUUUCCAUUUCCUCUGAAUUCAAAUUGGGAAAAACAACAUAAAGCUGCAACACAAUGGGAAAACACAAUAACAGGUGUAGAACAAAGAUUCUCUAGUUUUGCUGAGUUUCGUGAAGCCCUCCAUAAAUUCUCAAUCGCCCAUGGAUUUCGUUACAAAUACAAAAAAUCAGAUAGUCAUCGUGUGAGUGUCAAAUGUAAAUCGGAAGGGUGUCCAUGGCGUAUAUACGUUUCAAGACUACAAACAACUCAUUUGAUUCGCAUCAAGAAAAUGAACCCUGAGCAUACGUGUACAGGUGUCACUGCAAAAGCAGGGUAUCGUGCAACAAAAGGAUGGGUGGGAAAUAUUAUAAAAGAAAAAUUAAAAAAUUCCCCGAAUUAUCGACCCAAAGAUAUAGUCGCUGACAUUGAACGCGAAUAUGGUGUCAAGUUAAACUAUUCGCAAGCAUGGCGUGCGAAAGGAAUCGCAAAAGAACAGCUUCAAGGUUCAUAUUCCCAAUCGUAUUCCCAAUUACCCUUUUUCUGUGAAAAAAUAAUGGAAACAAAUCCGGGUAGCUUAGCUACAUUCGACACAAAACCGGAUUCAAGUUUCCAUCGUUUUUUUGUCUCGUUUCACGCGUCUAUUUUAGGGUUUCAACAAGGAUGUCGCCCUUUGCUUUUUCUAGAUGACAUCCCACUCGAUGCGAAAUAUCAAGGGACUUUGUUAAUAGUUACUUCAGCAGAUGGUGAUGAUGGUGUUUUCCCUCUAGCUUUUGCUGUUGUUGAUGAUGAAAACGAUGAUGAUAAUUGGUUUUGGUUUUUAUCCCAAUUGAAAUCUUGCGUUCCCAUAUCUCAACCCAUCACAUUCGUUGCGAAUUUCAACCCGGGGGUAAAAGAGUCGAUUGUUAAGGUGUUUGGAAACGAGUGCUUUCACGGAUACUGUCUUCGAUACGUUUCUGAAAAACUCAACAACGAUUUAAAAACAAGAUUUUCACAUGAAGCGAGACGUUUGAUGGUUCAAGAUCUAUACGCUGCAGCCUACGCACCAAAGAUUGAAGCUUUUGAACAAUGUGUUCAAGAUAUAAAAGCAAUAUCACCCGAAGCAUACGAUUGGGUGCUCAAUAGUGAGCCACAACAUUGGGCGAAUGUGUUCUUUGAUGGAACGCGAUAUAAUCAUAUCACAUCUAAUUUCGGACAGCUGUUUUAUAGCUGGGUCUCUGAAGCUGUUGAGUUACCAAUCACCCACAUGAUCGAUUUAUUAAGAGGGAAAUUAAUGGAGUUGAUUUAUAAAAGACGAGUCGACUCAAACAGAUGGACUACAACUUUGACUCCAUCAAUGGAGGAAAAGCUUAAAACGGAAGCUUCAAAAGCGGGAAUGUUUCAGGUGUUGCCAUCAGAGAGCAGUGUGUUUGAGGUGCAUGGUGAAGGUGUUGUUGAGAUAGUUGACAUCAGUCAAUGGGAUUGUAGCUGUAGAGGCUGGCAGCUGACUGGACUGCCAUGCUGUCAUGCGAUUGCGGUUUUUGAGUGUAUUGGUAGAAGCGUGUAUGAUUAUUGUUCCAGGUAUUUUAUGGCCGAGAGUUAUAGGAAAACGUAUGCGGAGUCCAUUUAUCCGAUACCUGAUGUGGAAGGAGGUCAACAUCCGGUAGAUGGUAAUGACGUGGCGGUUGUUGUUGUCACACCUCCUCCUGCUAAACGUCCGCCUGGCAAGCCAGGUAGGCGGGCAAAGCUCAAACAGGCGGGGUCGCUUGAGCUGAUUAGAAGGCAGAUGCAGUGUAGUAAAUGCAAGGGUUUGGGUCACAACAAAAAGACAUGCAAAGAGGUAGAGAGUCAUGAAGCAUUAUCAAGUCUUGAAGCUGUAUCGAUUCAGAUGGGGUGAAGACAUACAAUUUUGAGUGAGCGAGUGGUGAAUUCAUGUGAAGUUUUUUACUUUGAUAGAAAGCAGUAAGUAUGGUUCUUGGUUAUUUUUUUGGAUGCAAUGAAAUAAUAGGUGGCUAGUCAUUGUUUGAGGAAAUUUGCAUGUUACACAUUUACGCACAGUGCA